AUGAUAGACACUUUUUUUCAGCCGUCUGGUAAAGCCCUGAGCGAAAGGCGAAAGUUAUUCCAGAAGCUAAAUCCAGAAUUCGAACAGGUUCGAAAUAAUCUCCAGAGGAGGCUUCAGCAUCUUAUGGAUAGAUCUACGCACGACCCACAAAAAAAGAUAAAAAGAAUGUGGACGGCGCUGCAGUUGAGUCGGUGCACUGCACAAGAUACAAAAAAUAUUUUCAUUGUUUUAUAGAAGAAUCGUUUCUUGAAUUCUAGUAAUGCCAAUGAGAUUAUUUUUAACAUAAACAUUUUCGUUUGAUUAUGAUUUCUUCUUGUUGUCGUGGUAAUUUGUGCUUGUUUUACAACAACUUCUCCAUGAUCUGGUACUACUUCAUCUGCUUUCUUCUACUUGUUCUUUCGUCGGAAGCAGUACAACUAGCAACGAUGAUUCCCUUUCACAUUCAUAGUCCAACGCGAGGAAAAUAUGCAGACAGUCCCUAUUCCGACACCUACGCAGCUACAAGCGUGGCCAUGGGAACAUUAUGAGCCGAGAUGGG